UUGUCCCGUGCACUGACAGACAUAAAAGCAACAACUCUGUCUGCUAUGUAGACAGCUAUCUGUGCUUGGUAUAUCUUUGCUCGUGAUCACAUUGUCGAUAAUCGGGAAUUUUUAAAUUAUUUUUUUGGAAGCAAAGUGAGUUCAAGUUGAUUGAAGAUGUCAACGAAUCUGGGUGAUAACAGGAAUCCAAACACUUCCAUCCACAGUGAUGUAAAGGAAUACUACGGCGAAAGAUUGAAGAGCACCGCGGACCUGAAGUCCAAUGCCUGUGUGCCCUCUGCCAAGCCCAUCCCUGCCUAUAUAAGAAAAGCUUUAAAGGAGGUCCACCCCGACGUCACAGCCAAGUACUAUGGCUGCGGGCUGGUGGUGCCGGAGUGCCUGGAGGCGUGCCGCGUGCUGGACCUGGGCAGCGGGAGCGGCCGGGACGUCUACAUGCUGAGUCACCUGGUGGGAGAGAAGGGCCACAUCACCGGGAUCGACAUGACCGAGGGUCAGCUUGAGGUGGCUCGCAAGCACGUAGAUUACCACAUGCAGAAGUUUGGUUAUAAACAGCCCAACGUGGACUUUGUUCAAGGAUACAUUGAGGCUCUCCAGGAGGCGGGGCUGCAGAAAGGCUCCUAUGACAUCAUCAUAUCAAACUGUGUGGUUAAUCUCUCUCCAGACAAGACAAAGGUUUUGAGGGAGGCUUAUGACGUGCUUAAGGAUGGAGGGGAGCUGUACUUCAGCGAUGUGUACAGCAGCAGCAGACUCCCUGAGCACGUGAAGUCUCAUAAAGUCUUGUGGGGGGAGUGUAUCGGCGGAGCCCUGUGGUGGGAGGAUCUCAACCGAUUGGCCGAGGAGGUGGGCUUCAGCACGCCCCUAUUGGUUACCGCCAGUAUCAUCACCGUGGACAACCCCGAGCUUGAGAAGCUGCUGGAUGGAUAUAAAUUUAUCUCGGCCACAUACCGCCUCUUCAAGGUGCCAAAAUGUACAUCUACAGAGAAGUGCCUGGUGAUGUACGACGGGAACGUCACGGGCUCAGAGAAGGCUCUGGAGUUUGAUGCAAAACAUACUUUCAAGGUGGAAGAGGUGAUGGAGGUGGGUGCGGAGAUUGGCAACAUCCUGAAGUGCUCCAGGUUCGCCUCCGAGUUCACCUUCCAGCCUCCUGGAACUCCCAGCAGCCCCUGCUGCGCCAAGCCUCAGGCUGUGUCCUCAAAUCCUUUCGAACUGGUGGAGCAGCUGGGGAAGGCAACUCCCUCUCCGGCCACAGGGGGGUGCUGUAGUGCACAAGAGGCGUGCUGCAAGUGAGACUACGAGACGACGUUGCAAUUAAACAUGGGGAAAUAGGGCAGGGGCACAGCAAAAAUCAAUCUCAAAUCGAAUCAUUGGCGUUCUGUCAGAUGUUGGCAGUAAAAUAAUGUAUUGUGGUAAUUAAACCAAUUGUACUAAAAGUGUCAGGAAGUACAAGUUUGAGAAUGUCCACAUGUCCACCAAAGUCUACACCAAGACUUGAUGAUUAAGAAGUAUUGUCCUGCUGGAGUUUGACUGAUAAAACACUUGACCAAACAUCUUAUUCUUUGGUGCUAACUGUUUACUGCUAACAGUAUUCUGUGCAGAGCAAUGGAAUUGCAUAGUCUGUGUUUGACAUUAGGCUGUUUGACAUCAUGGUUAUGGAAAGGCUAAGCAUAGGAAAUAGACAUUCCCAGAUUAGGUUUGGGAAGAUAUGACUGGAAUACUUAAAAAAUGAUUGAAAAGAAAAAACAAUUGAUUUGAUGCUGAAAUAUGACAAAAGAAACUUAAUUGAACUUAAUUAAGAAAAAAUAAUUGUCAUUGUGAACUGAGAUUUAAUUCUAUGUUAUAGUAACAUUGAGAUAUCUGCACUGAAUUUGCUAUCUUUGGAACUGAACUGUGUGGGAUGCAGUUAUGGUACCUCAAUGUUACAUGUUACCAUAAUGGUAUCAUAAUCGGUGGCUGUCAAAUUACAUGCCCAACAGUCUAUUAAAUCAGUUGUUCUUUUUCUAUGUGCUGAUUUGAAAUGCUGUGCCAGCUUGUAGCAUUGUUGUAUUAGUAUAAGAGGUAACUGCACUUGCCAAUAUGUGCCUCAAUUGUCUGAUUGUUUUGCUAAUAAAUAUGGAAAUCCACAAGCUUAAUUUCUGCUUGUUAAUUGUGUUUACACGCGGUCAACCCUCAACCGAACUAAGCGCUUGCAGAUGGAGCCCAGGUGUUUUAUAGAAGUGCAUGGCUGUGUGUCAUGUGGUUAAAUG